CACGAACUCUGCGAAAUUCCUUAGUUGCAAGCAAGCAAGUUCCAAAAAGUUCUUCUGUUCCUUCUUUCUUGUUUCCCCAAUUUGGCCCGAGAAGAAAAUCGAAGAAUCUAGGGAAAAGUAAUCGAAAUAGAUCUGUUGUGGUAAGGGGAGAAUAAUUAAUGGCUCUGACAUGCGUGAAUAUGUCGGAAGAUGUGUGGUUAACUUGCUUGACUCACGCAUUGUCCACUGAGACAGAAGAAAUCAUGGGUCUCCUCCUCGGCGACAUCCAGUAUUCGAAAAAUGGAAGCGCGACAGCUAUGAUAUGGGGAGCGUCGCCGCAGUCAAGGUCUGAUAGGCAGAAGGAUCGAGUUGAGACCAACCCUGAACAGCUGGCAGCUGCUUCUGCUCAGGCUGAGAUAUCCUUUUUUUUGCUAUUACUACAUACACUUUAAUUGUGUGCUUCGUUAUAUGAUUAUACAAAGAGAUAGAGAGUUUCUUGACCUAAAAC